UGUUGCUGGGAGCGGGACCAUGGCAGCUUGGAGGAAAGUUUGUGUUUUCCUCCUAACUUUGUGCACUGUUUUCGACCGCGGGAUCAAGGUGGCUGGCGCCAGAUCCAGACAGCGGGGCUCGUUGAUCUGUCCUUCAAAGGAUAAUGGAAGAACACCUGCAGGCUUCCGAUAUGAAGACUGUUCAGCAAUUGGCAAUCUGAAAGGGGAACAUCCAAUUGACAGAGUCAGAAACUUCUGUUUCAGCCAAUUUGUGCAAGGUGACCAGGUUGCAGUAAGAUUUCAAUGGAGUCCAAGCCCAUUGGGUAUUGAAUACAUCAGAGGCUUCAAGAUAAUUCUUCAAGAAGCUAAGUCGGUUGGUGCUGAAAAAUCAUGUCAGGCAUUGGUUUUAGAAGAAAGAAAUCAACUCGCAUAUUUUAAUAAAACUCUUGUUUUGAGGUCCCAUCCAUUUCGAAGUUUGAAGUUUAAAACACAAUAUAAUGUGACAAUUUUACCGUUUCCAAAUCUUCAGGAAGAAAAUAACACUUUUCAGUUUGAGGUUGAAUGCUGGUCUCCAAAGAAUCUAGAUGUCAACCAGCCAUACCUAUCUACAAACUUAAAUGCUACUUUUGACUUGGCUCCUUCCAUUUUUGGAUUUAAAGCCUAUCACAUACGCUGUAAGAUGAACACUGGUUUCCAUAAAGACAAAAAUAUUUUUGUGGUGACGGAUUCCAGCAAUACCACCGGAAAACAGGUCAAUUUUACAGUGAGGCCAGUGCACUUCCCUUGGGCUGGUCCAAUCCGAGCGAUUGCCAUCACUGUUCCAUUAGUGAUUGUGUCUGCAAUUAUCACGCUCUUCACAGUUGUCUGUUGUAAGAAACAGCAAAAUCCAGUAUAUUCGGAACUGGAUGAGGAGAAUUCAGAGUCAUCUCCUUCUCCACGGUCUAGGCCAAAGGUUUUCAUUUGUUAUUCUAGUAAAGACUGUCAGAAACACCUCAGCGUCGUUCAGUGUUUUGCAUUCUUCUUACAGGACUUCUGUGGCUGUGAGGUUGCAUUGGAUUUAUGGGAACAACUGGAAAUCUGCAAGGAGGGGCAAAUGGACUGGCUCAGUCAACAGAUUAUGGAAUCCCAUUACAUCAUUGUUAUUUGCUCAAAGGGAAUGAAAUUCUUUGUUGAAAAGAAGCAACAUAAACAUAAAGGUGGGUCUAGAGUUGGUGGGCAAGAACUUUUCAUUGUUGCUGUUUCCAUGAUAGCAGAGAGACUGCGGCAGGCAAGAUUACAUUCAGGCAAUCCCUCAAAAUUCAUUGCAGUCUACUUUGACUACUCCUGCGAAGCAGACAUUCCUGGCAUCCUAGAUUUGGCAUGUAAAUACAAACUGAUGGAUCAUUUCCCUCAGCUCUAUUCUCACUUACAUGCUCGAGAUCACAACCACCCGGAACAGGACUCGUGUGAAGUGAAUGUUCGCAAAAGCAACUACUUUAGAACUAAAUCAGGGCGUUCUCUGUACAUAGCCAUAUCUAAUAUGAAACAACUUAUUGAACAAGAGCCUAACUGGUUUGAGAAGCAGCUGGUGUCAGGCCUUCCUCUGCUCCCUCGUCACCAAGGACCAAUUAGAGCUGACUCUGGACUUGUUCUGAAUGAGGUAGUUUUUAAACAGCAGAUAACUGACCAUGAUUUUCGCUUGAAAACUAUUGCCGACAUCACUCCAGUCAAUUCAGUGUCCUAUUCAAUAAUUCAACAUUUGAGCAUUACUGAGGACGCGGACGAUUCUGACCAUCAAGAUGUCAGUUCUUUGCGGAGACCUUUGCCACGGAUGGUGGCAGCUGUAAACCUCCCAGAAAUGCCCCGUGACUCUGGAAUAUAUGACUCUUCCAUUCCUUCAUCAGAACUCUCAUUGCCUUUAAUGGAUGGCCUAUCUUCAGACCAGGCAGAAACUGGCUCCAUUGCAGACAGCGUCUCCUCAUCCUCGGGGUUAGGGGAAGAUGAUCCACCUGUUCUCCCAACAAAGUCAACAGUAUCUGGACUGUGUAAGAUAGAAGCUGACAGACGUGUACAUGGUGCAGUAACCCUAUAACAUUAUGCAUGAUAGGGGAUGCAUUGCCACUUUACCUCUUCAACUUUACAUCCAUUAACAAACCCUGCAUUUGCAAUUUUUCAACCACAUCAUAAUCCUAGUGUGUGGAAAAAGUUGAGACCUCUGUAUAUUUAACUCACUACGAUAUUAAAAAAAUCUUAUUGGGCAUUGAACAAAUGUCAUUGUUUAAAUGCACUGUUCUUUCAGCCUGAAUGGGAUCAGAGUUUGAUCACAAAGUUUAAAAUAUCUUUGUAUUGACUCUAAUAUGAUGCUUUUAAAUGCAUAAUAAGUGAUAUUUAAUUCUAUAUAUUGAUUGGGCCAUCAUGUAUCUUAAUAUAUUGAUCAUUGUGAUCAAUGGAAAACCACAUGUUUAAUUGAUGGUUUUUGUUUGUCACUAUUUAAACCUGCUUCUCAAGAUAAAAUACAUGACAUCUUAGAGAAUAAAACAAUGACAAGUUUUGUACAAUCUCUUAUAUUGAUUUGACAAUGCCUAUGAGGUGGAGGCUAGAUUUAACAGAUAGGUUUAGAUCAGCAUUGGACACAUACAUAGUUACAGAUAAGGUAUUGCAGAUAAUUGCACUACUGUGCCUGCUGGGGAAGAUGUAAUUGUAAUUUUAGUUGGAACAAUAAUUUUAAAAAAAACUGCCUUUAAUUGAUCUUAUGCUCAAAUCUAUAUUCUGAUUUGACAUUCAAAUCUAAUACAUUUUGAACUUCAUACAGUUUUACAAUGUUUGAUGUGGUUUACGGCUAAACAGAAUGAAGUUUAGACUUUAGCAAAUGUUUAUUGUAGAAUUUUAAGUUGAAUGAUUGUAAAUAGUUUUCAGAUGUGUAAUGUGUAACCCCCAAAUCCAUUUAAAGGGGCAGUUCUUUGUACGUGGAUGUUAGCCAUUCAAAAAUGUGUUAUAAUGACUGAAUUAUAUUGGAGAUUCCAAUCUCCAAUAUAAUUCAGCCACAACACUUUUCUGUUGCUGCCUCCAAAUAAACUCCACUCCCCAUUUCAAAUCCACUGUUCUGUGCAUCAAGAGGUAGGGAUGGCUGUUUGAUUGGCAUUAACAGUGAGGAACUUGGAGUUUUUUAUGUACCAGAAAAAAAAUUCCCUUUUGUAACAAUGACAAUGCACAUUUUCAUUUGAAGUCCCACAAUUCAAAAAUGGGGAAUUCAUUACCAGGUUUAUCCUUUAACAUAAAUAGCUUUUUGCUGUUUGCCUUUAAUAUUUGUUUUCCAAGGAAAGUUGUAUUUUGUAAUGGAUUAAUUGAUAAAUUAACAAAUGAAGUUCAUGUAGUAAUGAUUUAUUCUAAAUUACCAGCACUAGUUGUGACAGUCAAUAUACCACAAUGUCAUCUGAAUAAUGCAAUUUAUAUUUUGGAAGAAUAACUACUAAUUUGGAGAAUCAUUUUAUUUUACUUUAGAAUGAAAUGCCUUUUUUAAUGGUUAAUGGUGUUAGUUUUGUGCAGUCUUGUGCCCUUUUUGUCCAUGUUCUGAUAUCUGGGGUACAUUUGUACGGAUACUGGGUACUUAUUCCACUGUGGCCUAUCCCAGCUGAAGUUAACCCACAUUUGCUCUUCCAGCAGUUACCACUACAAAGACAAGGAGUGGUUACAAGAACUGAGUGUUUUUUUUUCUCUUCAUUACCCAAGUCCUGUCCACCAGCCACUUAAUACAAACUGGAGAUCAGAUCUGGUCCUAACUACAGAGACUCCUUGAGAUAUUGCAAUACCAUGUUUAUUAAAGAAGUGACAUAACACAAUAUUUAAAUACAUUUUCAGAUAGUGAAAUUUUUAAGGACCAAAGUUUUUUAGUGUAGGUCUGCAAUGAAUCUAGAAGAAAUUUUGUAGGAGCUGGGAUUUUUCUUUUUGUCUUCAUUAUGUUGACAUUCUGAGGGAUGGGUUCACUACUGUAUUAUACUUAAGGUGCCUGAGGCGUCAAUACAGUAAAGUGUCCUGUAGUGUUAAAAAUCAUUUUGUAUUGUAAGAAUUAUGAACAAUGCAAUGUCGUUGCUUCUAUAAAUCAAUAAGCAGAUGUCUUGCUUCGUUAAUUUCCGCAUGGCAUUAUUUAAUAUAUCUUCAUACUUAGUUUUUGCAGACUAUCUUUUGUUAUUACAAAAGACCUUGUAGAGUGCCUUUUAUAAACUUCAAAUUACCUGAUGCAUUUUGUAUUUUAUGAGCUAUAAAUUAAGCUGAGUGAGAGAAUUUUCUUCCUUUGUCUUUUUGUACUGAAGUCUU